AAAAGAUGCAUAAAUCCCCGCUUUGCUUUGCUUUGCUCGGGAGUGUCGGUGUGCGCGAGUGUGUGUGGUGUCAAUCAGACCGGCGGCUUGUGUUUCAUCUCUGUACUCAAGAUCAGGGGGAGGAGUGCAAGCCCUACACCCUCUCCAGCCCAACAUUACUCGCAGUCUCUGCUGGGCUCAUUUCUGAAGAGAGACACCUUUUUUUACCCAAGAAACCAAACGGGAAUGACACACAGCAACUGAGGGACAGCACUUUUUUCUGGUAAAUCACGGAAACGGACUGUCCUGCAUUCUGCCAAACUUCAACUUCUGACACAGUUUUACCCCAAAGGAGCCGCUUUGAACUUCAACACCCGACCGGCGAUUUCUAUUUUAUUUCCCACCUGGAUUCGCAGCGUCACGCAGGUACGCGCACUCCCAACGCUCGCACGCGUGUUUGGAACGCGCACGCCGCCGAAAGUAUCCAGGGUCGUCAGCCGCGCGAAUACGGUCUGGGCGUUUUUAGGGUAAGGGGGGACUUUCGUUCACCCGAAAAAUGCCGCAGUUGUCGGGCGGAGGUGGCGGCGGGGACCCGGAGCUCUGUGCCACCGACGAAAUGAUCCCGUUUAAGGACGAGGGAGAUCCGCAGAAGGAGCAGAUUUUCGCGGAGAUCAGUCAGUCCGAGGAGGAGGGAGACCUCGCGGAGCUCAAGUCGUCUCUGGUCAACGAGACGGAGAUCAGUCCAAACGGCAACAAUCACGACGCAGCUAGACAGUCCCAAAUACCACCAGACUCUUAUCAUGACAAGCACAGGGACCAUCCGGAUGAUGGCAAACUCCAAGACUUGUACAGCAAAGGGCACUCGUACCCCAGUUACCCAGGAUACAUCAUGAUGACCAAUAUGAGCAAUGAAUACAUGAACAACGGCUCUCUCUCGCCUCCCAUUCCCAGAAUGUCAAAUAAGGUGCCGGUGGUCCAGCCAUCACAUGCGGUUCACCCCCUCACCCCUCUGAUCACGUACAGUGAUGAGCACUUCGCCCCCGGCCCGCAUUCAGGCCACCACCCUCAAGACAUCAACCCUAAACAAGGUAUGCCCAGGCAUCAUCCCGGACCUGACAUUCCCAAUUUCUACUCCCUCUCUCCUGGGGGAGUUGGACAGAUGACCCCUCCGCUGGGAUGGUUCUCUCAUCACAUGGUACCAGGCCCUCCUGGACCCCACGCCACGGGAAUCCCCCAUCCAGCCAUCGUCAACCCGCAAGUGAAGCACGAACCACAUCACGAUACGGACCUGAUGCACAUGAAACCUCAGCACGAGCAGAGAAAGGAGCAGGAGCCCAAAAGACCUCACAUCAAGAAACCUCUAAACGCUUUCAUGCUUUAUAUGAAAGAGAUGCGUGCCAAUGUGGUGGCCGAAUGCACGCUGAAGGAGAGCGCCGCGAUCAAUCAGAUCCUCGGCCGAAGGUGGCAUGCUUUAUCUCGGGAAGAGCAAGCUAAGUAUUACGAAUUAGCCCGCAAGGAACGGCAGCUCCACAUGCAGCUCUACCCAGGAUGGUCUGCCAGAGACAAUUAUGGAAAGAAGAAAAAGCGGAAGAGGGAAAAGAUCCAGGAACCUGCCUCGGGGUUGCAAAAUUCUGGGAAUUUUGGAAACUUUCCAUGGAAAUUACACAGGAAUAUAUCGGAAUUGUGGCACACGGAUGAAGAUAAGUCAGAUGUCGAAGAAGAUAAUGUUUGUACAGGCCAGAGAAUGAAAACGGCGUACAUCUGAACAAUGGAGGAAAACGAAAUUCUUUUUCUUCCUGCAAAGCAAAGACGGGAGCUACAGGUCCGCUUUUAGAGAUGGAAGCCUGAUAGACUCCUCAACCUCUCACCCCUCCAUCACCUCUUGACCCCUGAGGAAUUUCCAAAGGGUGCCGGUCCUUGAAAACUGCUCGUCAGCCGCAGGCGCCGCUGUAGAGACAUUGAACUGAGAACAGACAAUCAUCAACACAGGCCCUCACGCAGAUCCCCGAACAACCAACGUUCCUUCUCAUUUCUUUUUAUUUUUUUAAUUCACUCCCAAAGCCUAAGGCAUUGCACUGAUUCUGUUCGUUGACCAUUUGUAAAGCGCACAUGUAUACACACGCAACAUAUAUGUUCACACACGUUCUGUUCUUUUAAGUUAUUUUAAGUUAUUUGGCACCUCUGUCCCUUGUGUGUGCACCGUCACCCUCUCACUUUCAUUCACGCCCCAUCAAAUGUAGCAUCGCAGGGGCCUGACACACCUCAAAACGUAUAUAGGGAUCACACUUUGCCCAGGAAAUGAUCUCUCUCGGCUGUUUUGCAUUACUGGUGCAAAUUUUUUUGAUUUGUCUGUUACAUCUUAGGUUCGUUUAUUUUAAAUGCUUUUUUAUUCAUUUCGUUUCUUGGUGUAUAUUUUAAGUGAUUUUUUUAAUCGUAAUUAUAUAUACUGUAUAUAUAUAAUGGUAUAUGAAAAUAAGCUUGGCGACAGGAGAGCCAUUUUUCUUGUCGAAGCUUCUUGCAGAAAUAACAUUUGAAAGUCUUCUUUUUGAUAACUAUUUGUAACGAAUAUUGACCUCUGAGUCUUGCGCAGAUGUAAAAUAAUGCUACGUGUGUACUUUUUAUUGAGAUGUCUGGAUGUCACUUUUCUCGGUAUUUUUGCAGGCAACAUUAGGACAAAGGUGAAGAGUAGGUACCCAGAGGCCUAUAUUUUAUUGAUCGAAAUUGACAAAUGAAGCAGAUAUAUAUCUAUAUAUAUUUACCCCAGCACUUGGUAGUCCUCCUUUUUAUUGCAAUGUACCUCUGUCCUCUCUGGUAGGUAAUAGAGUGGUCUUUUACCAUGUUUAUUCCAUGCAAACAUUUCCACUUUUUUAUGUUCUUUUUUAGUAUUUUCAGGUGUUUUUUUAAACAUUCAUUGUCAUAUUUUGAAUCGUCAACUUGGUUUAGCAUUUUGCUUCCAAGUAGUCACAUCUGAACUGUUUCAACAUGUCUUUUUUAAUGAAAAUAAAUAGACAUCUUUGACUGAAAA